AUGGCUCCAAUACCCAGCAAAGCUAGGGUGUACGCGGAUGUCAAUCCCUCGAAGCCACGUGAAUACUGGGACUACGAAUCACAUGUCAUCGAAUGGGGUAACAUAGACGAUUAUCAGUUAGUUCGAAAAUUGGGUCGCGGGAAAUAUUCUGAGGUGUUCGAAGGAGUGAAGAUAACUACUGAAGAGAAAGUUGUUGUUAAAAUACUGAAGCCUGUUAAAAAGAAGAAAAUCAAAAGAGAAAUCAAGAUAUUGGAAAAUCUUCGGGGUGGAACAAAUGUCAUCACCUUGCUUGAUGUCGUCAAGGACCCGAUUUCUCGCACUCCAGCGUUAAUUUUUGAAUAUGUGAACAAUUCGGAUUUCAAACAGCUAUACGGAACUCUUAGCGAUUUCGACAUUCGAUUCUACUUGUAUGAACUUCUAAAGGCACUGGACUAUUGUCACUCACAAGGAAUCAUGCAUAGAGACGUGAAGCCCCACAAUGUUAUGAUCGACCAUGAAAAGAAACAGCUGCGUUUGAUUGACUGGGGUUUGGCCGAGUUCUACCAUCCAAAACAAGACUACAAUGUACGAGUCGCCUCACGGUAUUUCAAGGGUCCGGAACUUUUGGUCGAUUAUCAGUGUUAUGAUUACUCGCUAGAUAUGUGGAGUCUCGGUUGCAUGCUCGCCAGUAUGAUCUUUCGUAAGGAACCCUUCUUCCAUGGACAUGAUAAUUAUGAUCAGCUUGUCCGCAUUGCAAAAGUAUUGGGAACUGAAGAGCUACACGAAUAUAUUGACAAGUAUCACAUAGAACUGGAUCCGAGAUUCAACGAUAUUCUUGGUCGGCAUUCACGGAAACGUUGGGAAAGAUUCAUUCAUGCUGAGAAUCAACAUCUCGUCACACCAGAAGCUAUCGAUUUCCUCGACAAGCUGCUCCGUUACGACCAUCAGGAGCGCUUAACUGCUCGUGAAGCUAUGGCUCAUCCUUAUUUCUACCCCGUUGUUGAGGCCGCUCGUCAGGGCGGUGACACGAUUUCCGUGAAGAGUGAACACUCUGAAAUCCUUCCACAAAUCGCUGCUACAUCCUAA